GAGACAUUUUACUCCUGUAGCGCAGCACACCUGCAGAAAGACACAACAUGAUCUCACCCUUAACAACAGACACUUCGACGGCUUUACUUUACCGAGGGUGAUGCGUCACAGCAGGUAAUUACAGUCACUGCUGACAGAUUGAUGAAUAAUGACGACAACGGCACCUUCGUCUAUAAAUUCUUUCGGACUGCUGAGCUGCAAUCUUUGCUGCGGGUUCACUCUAGGCAACUUUGCGACAUUUCUGAUCAAAAGGUAAGAUGGGACAAUUCAUUUUAUAAUUGCUUUUUGAUCAGCGUAUCAAGUUACUUUGCUGCCAAACUCCCAGCAGCUCUGAUGCUAAUUACUCUCAUUCCUAACCCAGUGCUGGCAAACACAACCGAAGGCCUUGUUUUGAAGAAGCCACAGACAAUGUGGGCCGUCGCUCUACUUCUUUGUCUGGGAAAUGUUCUCAUUAGCGGCGAGGCCAGUGAUCAAGAUUCUCUGCCAGCCGCGGGUGCGCAAUUUUCCCAGAUGGACAAAAACAACUUCAACUGUUCUGCGAGUCCCCCUCCUAUGUGCAACUACUCGACUGGGAUCCGGGAUACAUUCAAGUACCUUAAUACGGCCAUUUCCGUUGCAGUUUUUGUGCUGGGAAUUGUGGGAAAUUCUCUACUCUUGAGGUUCAUUCACAAAAACAAACGCAUGAGAAACUGCACCGACAUCCUGAUUGCAAGUCUGGCAUCGGGAGACCUCCUCCACAUUGUGAUGGGCAUCCCAGUCAACACCUACAGGCUCAUGGCAAAAGAUUGGCCGUUUGGCUCGCUGCUGUGUAAGCUGGUGCCCUUCAUCCAGAAAACCUCUGUUGGAGUUAUCGUGUUGAGUUUGUGCGCUCUGAGUGUUGACAGGUACCUCUCCGUCGUAUCUCGGCAACGCCUCAAAGUCACCCGAGCAUCCGUUUGGACCACUCUCAUAUGGCUCCUCUCCAUUAUGCUGGCUGUACCUGAACUGGUUGGCUUCGGCGUGAUAAAUGUGGACUACAAAGAGCGACAUCUGAGAAUUUGUCUGUUCCAUCCUGUGCAGACCACACCAUUUAUGCAGUCGUAUAAAGCCGUAAAGGACUGGUGGCUCUUCAGCUUCUACUUCUGUAUGCCACUAACUUGUACUGCCGCCUUCCAUGCGCUAAGUACUUGGAGGAUGCAAAAAAAUAAAGACAAUUCGUUAAUAAACAACGACACAGAAAAGAAGCUGGGACCUUCAAGGACUGUUUUCUACUUGGUGCUGGUGUUUGCCAUCUGCUGGUUGCCGCUCUACUUCAGCAGGAUCUUGAUGGCCACUGCAUACAAUGAGAAAGAUCCUAACAGAUGCCAGCUACUGAGUGUCCUUCUUGUGCUGGAUUACAUUGGCAUCAAUCUGGCGGCUUUAAACUCUUGCCUCAACCCUGUGACCUUUUACGUAGUCAGCAAAAGAUUCCAAACCAGUUUCAAGGUCCUGCCUGCUUUCUCCUCUUUCCUCAAUCCAAUCGAGGAGUUCUUCUCAGCAUGGAUUGUGUUUGAUCACCAGCCUAACCAGGAGAUGUCCCUGCUGGAUUGGAUGAAUGCAGGUUUUCUGGCAAUGGAUAUGGAAGGCUGUUGGGGAUGGAUAAGGCAUGUGAAAAGAUUCCUUCCAUGUGGACGAGAAAAUGUCCAAUGAGAUGUGGAUGAAUGUAUGUGGCCAGACAGUCAGGAUGUAAGCUACCAUAGGUUGGUCAAAUCCAUUAGAACAGGGAAAGCUGGCCGUGAUCACGUUUCGGUGCUAUUGACAGAGAUAUAAAUGGAUGAAUAUGGAUGGCUGGCAGUGAAUAUUCGCUGCCAGACUUUCCAUCUUCAAAUGGAUUGGAUGUGUAUUGCCGUCAAUGGCAGUAAUCAGUAGUUUUUUAGGUGGAACUUGGUGUAAGAAUUUUGCAAACACUCCAGUCCAAUUCUUUCAUGAGUUAAUCACUGAAUAAAAACAACAGAAAAAGUCUUGCUGUGAUUUUGCGUGCAUACUUUUGUCCAUUUACAAUGAGUUGAAACAGCUAUUGAGUUUUAUUUUUCUCAGUCUACUGUGUAAUCUUUGAUUGGAUUACAUUGUUAAUUUCAGCAUGGUUCACGUUGUUUGAAGGAAUUGUCUGCUUUUGUUGCAUAUGAUGUGUAUAUGCUGUGUUUGAGUAGCAGCACUUUGCUAACAAAAUUAAUCAUUUUGAUUGAAAAAUUUUUAGUGAGGAAAGGAACACCGCUGGCAGAAAUUUGAUCAUUGUAUUUGCAAAUUGCACAUUUACUAACAAAAUGAAUCAUUUGGAUGGUGACAUUUUGCAAGAAAUUGUCAAGGUUUCACAGUUUACGCUAAAUGUUUUGGAGUGUACUUUAAGGGGUUCACCAACUGUAGUGGAAUGAUCAAUAUAUUAGAUUCUGAUAUCUUAUUAAAAAACUAUGGUGGUCCAACCACUGGUAAACAUGAAGAUGUAUUAGCAUUUAAAAUUCAAUUUCAAACAUCACCCCAUAAAAAACUUUCAACUCAAAAAAGCACCACCUGCCUUCAUGGUUACACUUCAGUGAUAUUUGUGCGUGUAAGUUGUUGUUGCUGUCGUAACUAGGGAUGGGAAUCGAAAUCCGAUUCCAAUUCGGAACCGGUUCCGAGUGUUUCGAGGCCUCGACAUCACAAUGAAAAAGCCUUAACAAUCCCUUUAACGAUUCCUAAAGACGCGUAUUGCGUCAUGACGUGUCUUGUUGUCUAGACGCAUCAAACUAGCAUGGCGCCAAGAACCACUCGCUCCAAAGUUUGACUACAAUUCACCAGGAAAGUGUGAAAAUGAAAGGUUACAACGGGUAAGCACGAGCAUUGCAGCCAUAAACAUAACAAUGACAGCACGUAGGUUCAAACGCUCUAAAGUGUGUUUCACUUCACGAGGAAAAAUUACAACAAAGCGACUUGCAGUCAUUGCAAGGUGGAGGUAACUGCAUCGGGAGGGAAUACAACUGCGCUGUCCUCACAGAGAGGCUAAAGCUCAGUUCUGGCUAUACAGCUAGCUAAACUCCCAAAUGACGAUGUAGAAGACGUUGGUAUAAUUUGCUGACUUUAUUCAACCAUCACUUGAAGAGUGAAACUAAGAAUAGAAAUGAAACAAAUCAAUUUCGUCCCCAAUAACAAACAGGUUUGCAUCAACAUAAACAGCGAUGAUUAGCUGCUAAUAACAGUAUGGUUAGCAUUCGUUCGCUAGCAUUAGCACAUCGUUCAAACCACUACAUAACUGGAUUUAAGUGUCCGAUCGCGAGUGGAAACACAACAACAACAACACAAAAGAUGAUACAUACAGGCGUUGCCUCUGUAGAUAUUAACAUUAACAAAGAACGUAGGCUCGUUGAAGUGUUUCCCUCUCUCACUUCGCUCGCUCACUCGCUUGGAUGCGGCAUUUCUUCGGGUGCCCAAACUGCGGCCCGCGGCCCAAAUACGGCCCGCCUCCACAUUUGGUCCGGCCAUUUUGAUUUUUUUUUUUUUUUCUCAAUCGUGUUAUUUAUUUCCUGGCCUUUUUCCUUGAAGAAUUCAGAGAGGGUUAUUUGGUUAUUAUCUAUUUAAUUAAUAGUGUUUUUAUUAUUAAUUAUUAUUAUUAUAUUAUUAUUUUUAUUUUUUUUAUUUUCAUUUCGUGAAGAAUCCAGAAAGGGUUAUUUGAUUGUGGCUUUCUGAAAAACAAUAAUUUUUUACAUUUAUGCACUUCUGCAAUCGUCACACUUUUUCUGUUACAAACUGACCCCGGCCCCUCAUCAGAGAAGGGAAAAGUUAUGUGGCCCUCACAGGAAAAAGUUUGGGGACCCCUGCUUUAACACAUAUUGCCAAAGGCAGGACAACAACCUAUCUGCCAAUAUAUACCAAUAUUUUUAUUUCUAUUAGAUAAAUGUUUCAGUAAAAUGUUACACAUUCUUGUGUGUUUGCCACUUAUUGCCACAGUUAACAUUGAGGCUUUGGGCCUCUUUUGAUUUCGUUGUGAGUUUGUAAGGUUGUGAGUUCUGAUUAAACAAACUCGAUGCCAAUCAAAACGUUUGUUCUUCUUUUUCCCCAAAUUAGAAUCGAUAAGAGAAUCGAUAAAGAAUCGAAUCGUUACGCAAUAUCGGUAAUGGAAUCUGAAUCGUAAAAAUCCUAUCAAUUCCCAUCCCUAGUCGUAACUGUGUGUUUUUUAGGCGCGCAUUUGUAGUUGGUGUGCAUGCUUUUCGACAAAUUCUCUCGUGACAACCAGCGGCACAAACUGAGGGAUCAAACCUGACACAAGCAGCCAACUAUACGGUGGCUGUUAACUCUUUGGUUGCUUUUGACGGCGACAGUCAAAAUAUAUGAAUGUAUGAAUGAAUGAAACUCUCACCUUGGAGACUUUCACUGUAAAUUUCAAUGAGUUUGUCACAUCUGUUCAUUGGCCACCUGCCUCCCAGUUCAAAUGGAUUGGAUGUCAAUGGACAUGGUUAUGGUUUAACCCUUUAACACCGAACGUGUCGGCAGCAACGCGUUUACGCAUAUUGUCUUUGAAGCUUCGUCACGCUGUAAUUACGUUACCCACGUGCCGCUGGUUGGUCUCAUUUGAAAGUGCGGAAGUUGAUGUCCACAUCAGUUUUUAUUUGAAGUCAAUCAAUCAAAUAAAACAGGAGAUAAUGUCAUUUGAGUAUUGAGAUUCAUAAUUUUAUUGCACUCAUAAAUAUGCAUUAAAACGCUGCAUGGACCAUGUAUCUAUCUCCAUAUUUCCAUCAUUUCCUGUCCUUUUUCAAAACCGAAAGCCGCACAAAAGGCUACAUAUGAGUCGGCGUCUCGGCGAGUAGAAGUGACAGCAGCGCGCAAACGGCGAAAGAGUAGGCUGUGUGACGUUGUGUGUGUUGCAGCUCCAUGACCUGUUCAAGAAGAAGCUUUAUGGAGUGCGCAAAAAAAAAAAAAAAAAAAACUUUAUUGGGUCGCAUGCCUGAAAUUUUUGAAUUGAACUGAACUACUUGUCAAUAUUUUUGAAAAUACUUUUUUUCAAUGUUAUAUAUUUUUUUUUCUUCACUAAAAUCUUUUCCAUUUUUAUAUACUGCAGAUGUGUGUUCAAGAAGCUUGAUUGCAUGUACGUUUAUAUUUUUGAUAAGGUGAUGGGUACAAUACCUAACUUCACAAAGAGAUAUCCUCCAAACCCUUUUUGUGUUAGAUGAUAUAUCUAAAUUUUUUUUUCUCACUAUUUUGCACUGUAUAUAUCCUGCUUUGACCAUAGUAUGUGUAAAAGCCAAAAACACCUAUGACCAUACCUGCUGUUUGUGUUGAAUUGUCAAACAUAAAACUAUUCAAUCUUAUUUUUUUCUAUUGAAUGUUUAUCCUAACAAGUUGAAUAAAUAUUAUCAAGCUUCAAAACGGUUGGUCGAGCAUGUUUGGUUGUCAAUGGGACAUCAACAUUACAAUUUUGAAAAAAGAUUUUGGGAUUUUUUUUCUUUUUGGGUCCAAAAUGUGGAUUAUACUUGGUCAGUGAAGAAAAUAACAGUUUGGACAUGAAGUUCAAGGUGUCCUGAAAAAAGGGACCCAACUUGGCCAUUGUGAACAUUUUUUUCUUUGAAAUAAAAAGAGAACAUCAAAUGCAUGCAAAUUUGGCCAAACUAGUGUAACAAGGUGGAAAGUUGGGGUGCCAGAUUUUCCCAUCGUCUCAAACGCAUCAUGCUCAGUUGACUGCCACUCCUCCAGCAGGCACUAUAAAUUGGCUCAGGCUCAGCACCUGUGCAUGAGCCAGGUUAUUCACUGAUUUUUAUGACGCUUGAAUUAAAGUGAUUUUUAUUAAUGAUUUGUUAAAAUAAAUUCACCAAACCAAAAUAAAUUGUUCAUUGUUGCCACCACAUCUGCCUCAUUAAUUUUGCCAGACCUGUGUUUUAUUUGUUACCAAGGGGCUUGCCUUGCCCGACCCGCUUACACUAGGCUUAGGUGUUAAAGGGUUAAAGCAUUUAACAAAGCCCACUUACAAACUUAUGGUUGAUAUUUACAACUGCCUUGGACAUCUUGAUACCAUCAGAUAACUUCCACAAACUAAUGCACUCACACAUUUGCGUUCCUAGACUACAUUUUACCCUAAGCGACAAGACGCUUUGGCGCCCCCUAUGAAGAAAUAAAAAAUAAAAACAACCGCAAAAACCAAAACCGUUUAAACAAUUAAUACAGCACAUAAAGUAUACUUAGCACAACCAAACAAAUAAAACACAGUAUUAGCAAUGAAUGUUACAUUUAUUAACACUGUCAAACCAGAAAGUGCACAAGAACAAAUAUAUGCAAGACAUUAUUAAAUUAACAUCACAAACAUUAAUAAAAUAUUGUAGAUAUAAUUCAAGUGUGGAAGAUUCUACUUGUGACUAGUUGGUUCAGAUGUGUUGACCACUACAGGGGUUCCGGUUUGAGAGCACAAGAGAUGAACUCAAAUACUUUUUUUGGCUCAUCUGCAGGUGUGCAUAGAUGUACACACAUUUAGUACCUGGUGAAUAACAUACAGAAAUAUAGCCAACAUUCACUGCCCUUUUAAAGUGUUUAGCUUAUUAAAUUAUAAACCACAUCAUUUU